AUGAGUGAAAAAAGAGCGCACCUUCGGUUGCGGAAGGAACUUAGUGUGCCCAUUGCGGUGGUUGAAAAUGAAUCCCUAGCGCAAUUAUCCUACGAGGAGGAAAGCCAGGCUUCUCUGAUGGAUAUUUCUAUGGAGCAACAACAGUUAAGGUUACAUUCAAAUUUCGAUAAUUCGAAGGUCUUUACAGAAAAUAGCAGAUACAUAGUCAAAACCCUCCAGACAGACUACAAUAAUGGGUUUAGGAACGAUGAUGAAUUGAAUGGAUAUAUCGAUAUGCAAAUUGGAUAUGGACUAGUCAAUGAUCACAAGAAAGUUUACAUCUGGAAUGUUCAUUCCACUCAAAAGGAUACUCCUUACAUCACUGUACCAUUUCGUUCUGGUGAUGAUGAUGAUGAUGAAAUAGCUAUUGUGCCCAAGUGUAUACUAACUUUCCCUGCUACAAUGGACGAAUCUCCAUUAGCACUCAAUCCCAAUGAUCAGGAUGAAACUGGUGGGCUUAUUAUUAUCAAAGGCAGCAAAGCGAUAUAUUAUGAGGACAUCAAUUCUAUAAAUAAUCUGAACUUUAAGUUAUCUGAAAAAUUCUCUCACGAAUUGGAAUUGCCUAUUAACUCUUCAGACGGCGAAAAAUGUGACCUCAUCUCAAACUGCGAACCAGCUGGUAUAGUUCUCACUACAAAUUUUGGCAGGAUUUUUUUUAUAACGAUUAGAAAUUCCAUGGGAAAACCCCAAUUGAAAUUAGGCAAGCAGUUAAAUAAACCUUUCAAGUUAGGUAUCUGGUCCAAAAUCUUCAACACAAACAGUUUAGUUGUCUCCCUACGUAAUGGACCGAUUUUAGGUAAGGGAAUGAGGUUGGUUUAUAUUACUACCAACAAUGGAAACUUCCAAACAUGGCAAUUAUCCGCCACCCAUUCACACCCAACGAAAUUGAUUGAUGUUAGUAUUUUUGAAGCCAUUUUGGAGUCUCUACAAGAUUUAUAUCCGUUCGCCCAUGGUACGUUAAAAAUUUGGGACUCCCAUCCAUUACAGGAUAAAAGUGCACAUCUUUUCCUAUCUUCUAUUUACGAUGGUUCCAGCAAUGAAACGUAUUAUAUCCUUUCUACGAUAAUAUUUGAUUCUUCUUCAAAUAGUUUUACUAUCUUUUCAACCUAUAGACUGAACACGUUUAUGGAUUCGAUAACUGACCCAGACUUCAAACCUAGAAUAUUCAUACCUCAGAUGGAGAAUGCUAAUGAUGCUAAUGAAGUUACCUCUAUUUUGGUUAUGUUCCCUAAUGCUGUGGUAAUUACUCAAGUUAACUCAAAACUAGAUUCUACUUAUUCAUUGAGAAGAAAAUGGGAAGAUAUUGUCAGUCUUAGAAGUGACAUCAAGAUUAUUGGUUCCGGUUAUGAUUCAAAUUCUUUAUACGUUUUAACCAAACAAAUAGGUAUGCUACAGUUCUUUAUGAAAGAAAAUGAGGGCCAAUAUUCUAAAUCAGAAGCUGGAUUUGUCAAAUCUCAUGUUGACCAAGCCGUUUAUUUUUCGAAAAUAAACUCUAACCCAAUAGAUUUCAAUUUACCACCAGAAAUUUCACUAGAUCAAGAAUGCAUAGAGCAUGAUUUAAAGUUAACAAGCGAGGAGAUUUUCCACUCUAAUGGUAAAUACAUACCACCCAUGUUAAAUACUUUGGGACAACACCUCUCUGUUCGUAAAGAGUUUUUUCAAAAUUUCUUGACUUUUGUUACUGAGAACUUUAACUAUAAAAUAUCACCCGAACUGAAAUUGAAUUUGAUUGAAAAAUUUGAGAUUUUGAAUUGCUGUAUCAAGUUUAAUUGCAUCACGAGACAAUCUGAUGUAUUAAACGAUAUAUGGGAAAAGAUUUUAUCAAAUUAUAACUUAACUCAUAAUGAACACUUAACCACUGAAAUAAUUGUCAUCAACCGUCCCGAUAUAUUUCCUGUAAUAUUUAAACAAUUUUUGAAUCAUGUUAUAUUUGUUCUGUUCCCAUCACAAAAUCAAAAUUUUAAACUAAGUGUUACCAAUUUAAUCAACUCAUGCUUUUAUGAUGGAAUUUUAGAGGAAGGGGAAAAAGCUCUAAGAUAUGAACUUUUGGAGUUGGACCCAAUGGAGGUUGAUACAUCCAAACUACCAUGGUUCAUAAAUUUCGAUUACUUAAACUGUAUCAACCAAUGCUUCUUCGAUUUUACGUUUGCAUGUGAAGAAGAAAAGAACUUGGUUUCUUACAAUGAAAGUUUGCUGAAAAUUGCUAAAAUCUUAUAUUAUCAGUUCAACCAAUUCAAAAUAUGGAUUAGUACUCAACCCGAUGGAUCUAUGAAUGUAAACGAAAACUCUGUAAGUGUGAACAAUCUCUACGAAGACAACCAUUUGGAUUGGAACCACGUACUUUGUAAGGCAAAUUUGAAGGAACAAUCUAUUCAAAUAGCGGAGUUUUACAAAGAUUUACCUGCGUUGGUGCAAACAUUACAAACUUUAGAUCAAAAUGCUCCAACAACCCUAUCAUUGUAUGAGACAUUUUUUAAUGAGUUUCCUGAGGAGUUUAGUUUUACAUUAUUUGAAUACUUGAUCAAGUACAAGAAACUGAACGACCUUAUGUUUAAAUUCCCCCAGCAACACAACGUUUUAGUUAAGUUUUUCCAACAGUUGGCUCCAAAGUACGGUCAUGUGGCGUGGAUCCAACAAAUUUUGGAUGAAUCUUAUGCAGAUGCCAUGAAUACUUUGAAAAACAUUACCGUUGAUGAUUCGAUGGAGGGAAAAAACUUGAACGAAUGUGAAUUACACUUAAAUGUUGCGAAAUUAAGCUCGCUGCUAGUCGAGGAAAAAAAGUUAGACACUAAUAAUCUGAGAAAAAUUCAGUAUAAUUUAGAUACGAUCGACGCUGAAAAGCGUAUUUCGAGCAAGCUGAGGAAAGGUGAAGUUCAGAUAUGUAAACGUUUCAAGAGCGGGCAAAUCAAUAUGGUUUUCAAUAUAUUAGAGGAAAAGCUUAAGUCAGCAAGUGUAAUCGAUCUAACGGAUCUUAUUGAAUUCUAUUCUAUGCUAGAUGAUGAAGAGAGCUUAUUCAUACCGUUGAGGCUGCUUUCGGUUGACGGAGACCUAUUAAAUUUUGAAAUCAGAAAGUUUUUGAAUGCCUUGAUUUGGAGAAGAAUAAUUCUACUUGAUAAUAGCAAAGAAGGAGAUAAACUACUUCAGCAUACAGUCACACGAAUGUUUGAUGAAGAACUAUUCAAAGGCAAUGACUUUCCCUUGCCCAAUUUAAACCUUCUAUGCGACAAAGCGUUAGUGACGCCAGAAUAUAUCAAUAAAACAUAUAGUAAAUUUUCCGUUGACCUGAACACCAUACGCGAGGAAAUAGGUGAAGAGAUAGCUCAGUUGGAAAGGUUGAACUCAGAUAACUCACUAGAGAUAAAGUUGCACUCAACAAUUGGUUCUGCGGCGAAAGAGAAAGACUACACCAUCAAUUAUGAAACCAACACUGUAGAAUACUAA